UUCAUAUAAUCCAUGGUAUGUGGGGAUGAAGCAGCAGUACCAGGAUGUCAUCCUGCAGGCCUGUGGCGCCUCCUCUCUGCGUGUGGGCGCUGAGAUCCAGACGCUGUGGAGCGGCUACGGGGAGAUAGUGCGCCUACACCUGGAGGGCUGCGAGCGGCCCUCCGUGGUCAUCAAGCACAUCAAGUUUCCGGAAGAGGCCAAGCACCCCGGAGGCUGGAACACGGACCGCUCCCACACACGGAAAGUGAGAUCCUACCACGUGGAGACAAACUGGUACCAGAACUAUUCCACCAAUCAGAACUGUCGCAUCCCUGCCUGCCUGGCUGCCUGUUCCCAUGGCGACGAGAUGCUGAUAGUGCUGGAGGAUCUGGAUGGGGCGGGUUAUGAUCAGAGAAGGACCAGUGUGAAGGACGGCGAGAUAAAGGCUUGCCUGAGCUGGCUCGCCCACUUCCAUGGCCUCUUCCUGGGCGUGGCUCCACAGGGCCUGUGGACUGUCGGUACCUACUGGCACCUGGAGACAAGGCCAGAUGAGCUGAAAGCCAUGGACGAUGCUGAACUCAAAGCAGCAGCUGGCGACAUCGACAGGAUACUUAAUGAAUGCUGCUUCAAGACCAUCGUUCACGGAGACGCAAAGUUGGCUAAUUUCUGUUUUUCCCAGAAUGGACAGGAUGUAGCAGCUGUAGACUUUCAGUAUGUCGGCGGGGGCUGUGGGAUGAAAGAUGUAGUGUAUUUUCUAGGAAGCUGCAUGGAAGAGAAGGAGUGUGAGCAGAGGGUGCCAGGACUGUUGGAUCACUACUUCUCAGAGCUGAGACUAUCUGUGAAAGAGGGUGUGGACUUGGAUGCUCUGGAGAAGGAGUGGAGGGAGUUGUUUGCGUUUGCAUGGACUGAUUUUCACCGUUUUCUCCUGGGAUGGAUGCCGGGACACUGGAAGAUCAACAGAUACAGUAAACGGCUGACCAAGGAGGUUCUCCACAAGCUGAAACAUCAGCACAACAAGUGAGCAUCAACCUCCUCAAUGAAACCAGAACUAUAAAACAGGAAGUUGCCGUUUUAAACCUGGAAAUCUGAUGACUGAAAGAACUGUUUUAAUUUGCUGUGUACUUAGAAUUAAUAA